GUUAUAUAGAUAUCAAUACAAAUGCGAAAAAGUUGAGUUGAUUAUUCAGUUUUUUAUUUACUUUUAUACUUGAAAGAAAACCGGAAAGGUUGUCAUGGAGACAUCAACAAAGUACCGUAGCGACAUCUAGUUUUAUUUCGGGAACUAUUUUUUUAAAUACUUCCUCAUUGAGCGUGUUUCGUUUGUUUGUCUGCAGUAGAGGUGGUGAGGCAUGAUGAUGCACAUGUGGAUGUGGUUCGGGUAUGACCUGGGUGAGUUCAUGUUCCCCGGAUUGAACAUCACCACGCGAUGGUCGUUUGCCCUCACCUGGAUCGCGCUGUUCUUCAUUGCACUUCUGUUCGAGGCAUCGAAGGUAUACUUAGCCAGUGUGCAACGGGAAGCUCACAAAAAAUUAUACCCAUAUAAAUCUGAUGAAAGAAGAAAUUUGCUGUGCGACAGAGAGCGUGCGGGCAGCAUGGAGCCUACCACCAGCCGGAACACCAGCUCUGGACCCGCGGGACGGUGUUCUGCGCUAAAAGUGCGGUUGUUAGUGAACGGUCACCAAUCGACGGUGUUCCUGGCGCACAACGUGGUGGGCUACCUGCUCAUGCUCGCCGUUAUGGUGUACAACGUCCACCUUCUGCUGGCUGUCGUGUUUGGCAUGAUGCUUGGUUAUUUCCUGUUCGGGCACAAGUUGACCCGUCUUCAGAUGCAGUGCUUCGGCACCGGACGCACCAUCAUAUGCACGCCGGAGUGCGACGACACAGCCGAGACCUCAACACCCCCGCUGCUCGAUUCGGCCAACAGCUCCGAGUCGGACUUGUUCGUUUGUCGCACGCGUACUUGCAUCCACCCGUCGCACUACUACAAAGCUUCCACUUCCACUGACGCCCCCGACUUGCCCUCGUGUCACUACGGAGCGAAACACUGUCCGUCACGCGUAGCACGUGCGAAACGCUCCAAAACUUGCUACGAGCGAGCCAACAAAGAAGACAGUCCGAGCGUAGAGGAUGCUCAGCUGCUACGGACUGAGCGGCACGGAUGCUGCAAGAAGAAACAGGAACCGCCCCCCGACGAAGCUAUGACUAGUCACGAAGUGGAAGUGCACGAAAGUAAACUUUAUUGCGAACAAGAUAAGGAAAGUAAAAUGAGGGAAGCGAGUCCGCAAAUCUCGUGCUGUCACAACGCGAAAGCACCUUCCGAAAGUCAGGAACAAAUUAUACAGUAGCGUUAUUGUACCUUUUUGUGGCAAUGUUAUGGCACGAAGCGUUUGAUAUGACUGAGCUUUGAUUGUAGUCAGGUGUUACCUUUUUUAUUUUUUAUCAGGCAAAAAGGGCGAUUUGAUAUGCUCAAUUUUCUUGGCAAUAAUUAUUUAUAAUGUAUUUUAAAAACUGAAUGCAUUAGCGUUUAUUAUAAAUAAAUUAUGUGUCUCAAUCUAUCCCUAGUCUAUUUCAAAGUUGCGAACAUUCAAUUAAUUUCACAUCUUAGGUUAAUAAUAAAUUUUAAAAUAUGGAAAUUGUAGAAUGUAUAGUUUUUUACUUCAAAGAUGAAAAUACAAAAAUACAUAUUAUUUAUAUUUUACAAUGGAUAGUACGAUACCUAAUAUCAAUAUGUGUUCAAGUUGUUAGUCAAAUGUGUUAAUUAUAUAUUAUGUUGAAUGGAACACAAUUUAAUUUAAUAGCGUGGUAGCUUUUGCAGGCUGUAUUUCACUUUCUUUUAUUAGGGUUCAAUAACAGAAGGGAAAAACGAGACCCUGUUGCUACAACUCCGCUAUCAGUCCGUCUGUCUGACGCCCGGCUGUAUCUCGUGAAUCAUGAUGGACAGUUG